GCAGCAUCUUCGGCGGAGCGACGGCGGGUGUGGUUCGGACUUGUACGGGUGGUUCACCUAGCAGCCCUUCUCCUAUUUUCAGCCCAGAGAAAGAGGACAAUUUCCCCGACAAGAACCACGGAGGAGCCGCUCGACUCUGACAAAUCUGCUGUGCGGGCUGAGGGCAGGCAAGAACAAUGGCUACCCAGUCUGAUUUGAUGGAGUUGGACAUGGCAAUGGGUGACAGCAAGGCUGCUGUGAGCCAGUGGCAGCAGCAGUCCUACCUGGAUUCAGGCAUCCAGUCUGGGGUCACCACCACAGCACCAUCCCUGAGCGGUAAAGGGAAUCCUGAUGCUGAGGAGGAGGAUCCAACUCUGUAUGACUGGGAGUUCAACCAGCCCUUCACUCCUGAGGCUACAGACAUUGAGGGCUAUGCUAUGACUCGGGCCCAGCGCGUGCGGGCUGCCAUGUUCCCGGAGACCUUGGAGGAAGGGAUCCAGAUCCCUCCAACCCAGCUGGAUGCUGCCCACCCAACAGCGGUGCAGCGCCUGGCAGAACCCUCUCAGAUGCUGAAGCAUGCUGUGGUGAACCUCAUCAACUACCAGGAUGAUGCUGAGCUGGCCACUCGUGCCAUCCCUGAACUCACCAAACUGCUGAAUGAUGAGGACCAGGUUGUUGUGAAUAAAGCAGCUGUGAUGGUGCAUCAGUUGUCAAAGAAGGAAGCGUCGCGCCAUGCCCUGAUGCGUUCGCCACAGAUGGUUUCUGCCGUUGUCCGCGCCAUGCAAAACACUGGCGAUGUGGAGACCGCCCGUUGUUCCGCUGGCACCCUGCACAACCUUUCCCACCAUCGUGAGGGGCUCCUUGCAAUCUUCAAGUCUGGAGGCAUUCCUGCCCUGGUCAAAAUGCUGGGGUCACCAGUGGACAGUGUUUUGUUCUACGCCAUCACUACACUCCACAACCUGUUGCUGCAUCAGGAAGGGGCCAAAAUGGCAGUGCGUCUCGCUGGAGGCCUGCAGAAGAUGGUGGCGCUGUUGUCCAAUACCAAUGUUAAGUUCCUGGCAAUCACUACUGACUGCCUGCAGAUUCUGGCGUACGGCAAUCAGGAAAGCAAGCUGAUCAUUUUGGCCAGUGGCGGCCCCCAGGCGCUGGUCAACAUCAUGAGGACCUUCACAUAUGAGAAGCUACUGUGGACCACCAGCAGAGUGCUGAAGGUGCUCUCCGUUUGCUCAAGCAACAAGCCUGCCAUCGUAGAAGCUGGAGGAAUGCAGGCUUUGGGGCUUCAUCUGACAGACCCCAGCCAGCGUCUGGUCCAAAACUGCCUCUGGACUUUGAGGAAUCUUUCAGAUGCUGCUACUAAGCAGGAGGGGAUGGAAGGUCUCCUGGGGACCCUGGUCCAGCUGCUGGGCAGUGACGACAUUAACGUAGUGACAUGUGCUGCUGGAAUCCUCUCCAACCUGACCUGCAACAACUACAGUAACAAGCUGAUGGUCUGCCAGGUUGGUGGCAUUGAGGCUCUGGUUCGAACCGUUCUUCGCGCUGGUGACAGAGAGGACAUCACCGAGCCGGCGGUGUGUGCCCUGCGCCACCUCACUUCACGCCACCAGGAUGCCGAGAUGGCCCAGAAUGCCGUGCGCCUUCACUAUGGUCUGCCGGUGGUGGUCAAACUACUGCAUCCUCCAUCCCACUGGCCACUAAUCAAGGCAACAGUGGGUCUGAUACGCAACCUAGCGCUCUGCCCAGCCAACCACAGUGCUCUGCGGGAGCAGGGAGCCAUUCCACGGCUGGUCCAGCUGCUCGUCAGAGCUCACCAGGACACCCAGAGGCGCACCAGCAUGGGAGGCAACCAGCAGCAGUUUGUGGAGGGCGUGCGCAUGGAGGAAAUCGUGGAAGGCUGCACAGGAGCUCUUCAUAUCCUUGCCCGGGACGUCCACAACAGAAUCGUCAUCAGAGGGCUCAACACCAUUCCACUCUUUGUCCAGUUGCUGUAUUCUCCCGUGGAAAAUAUCCAGCGCGUGGCGGCAGGUGUGCUGUGUGAACUGGCCCAGGACAAAGAAGCUGCCGAGGCGAUCGAGGCUGAGGGCGCCACCGCGCCGCUCACCGAGCUGCUGCACUCUCGUAACGAGGGAGUCGCGACCUACGCCGCCGCCGUCCUGUUCCGCAUGUCUGAGGACAAACCGCAGGACUACAAGAAGCGUCUGUCGGUGGAGCUGACCAGCUCUCUGUUCAGAACCGAGCCGAUGGCCUGGAACGAUACGGGAGACCUGGGAUUGGAUAUGGGAGCACAGGGAGACCCUCUGGCCUACAGGCAGGAUGACGGGGCGUACCGGGCCUACCCAGCAGCUUACGGCCAGGACACCUUGUUAGAUCCCAUGAUGGAAGGUGCCGACUACCACGCCGACGCCCUGCCGGACCUGGGUCACCACACCGACCCUCUGCCGGACCUCGGCCACACCCAGGACCUGAUGGACAGCAACCAGCUGGCCUGGUUUGACACCGACCUGUAGGAUUGUUGUAAUCUGAUAGAACCUGCAUUGUAAUUGGCCUGUAUUGUCUGGAGCAGCAUUAUGAUUGGCCUUGAGGAGUGUUGAAGGUAACAAGAGGAAUAAAGGGGUCUUGGAAAGUGCCUGACACAAGAAACAAGAAGAAGAUGGUUGCCACAGGAACGUUACAGCAAGUUGAAAAACGGAUGAAAAAGGAGAUGGAAAAAAAUAUCAGAAGGAUGUGGAAUCACACAAUGGAGGUCUCAGAGCAGGUUACCAGUAUGGAUGAGUGCACAUGAGGUGGAUCUUAAAACUUUGAAACACAUGUUUUAGCCUUGCCUGUAUUAUCAGUUUUUUUUCUCUCUUUUGUUUCUAUUUUUCUUAUUCUAUUUUUUUAUUUCUUUUUGUAUUACUCAUUAUCUGUUAUGGUACUGACCCAGCUUGCCUUCGCACUAGCCAUCUUCAUUUUUCUUCAAUGCUAAUCAUUUGUAAUUUUUUUUUCUUCUUUUUUUUUUUUAAACGUAUAUUACAUGUAGUGUUAAGUUAUAGUGAUAUUAUACAAUGUUCCUUUUGGUUUCUGGUCGAAUGUGUAGAACACUAAUAAUCAGUUGAAUUGUACUCUGACUUAAAAGUGUAACAUUGUGUAGUUUUUUUUUAUAAUCUCAAAAAUGGAGAAUUAUGCAUUCUUAAUAUGUGCUUGUUUAAGCAUAAAAAUAUGUCAGUGUCACAAAUGUUCUAAAGAGGGGAUACGGGUGAAAUUGAGGGAGGGGCCGGGGAUAAAUCUAAAGACAAGUGUUUUAUAUACAGUAUCACUGGUAGGGUAACAACUAUUUUGUAUGCUAUCAUUGGUUGUCUGAUAGAAAAAAAAAAAAAAAAAAGUCUAACGCUAUCAUUGGUGGUUGAAUAAAACCCAGUUUUAUGUGCUAUCAAAGGUAGCUGAGUUGAUGAACAGUUGUAGUCCUGCUGUGCUUAUUUUGGAGACGAGGUUAUGACACGGCUGAACAUUAAAAAAAUGGCAUUUUAUUUCA